AUGGAGAACAACUACAACUUGUACAAGGACGAUGGUCAUUGGAACCAGGGUGGGAAUGCAAUCAAAGGCCCGACCGGCCGGAUGGCCUUGCUGGCUGAUGUGGUACCCGGCAUUGUCAUUGUGAUGAAUGCUUUGGUUCUUGGACUUAGCAGCGAUAUUGCAGAGGAUCAUUUGGUCUGGAAGGCUUUUAACAUCUUCUUCCUGGCCUUUUACACUCUGGAGUUUAUCGUGAAGGUCUACUUGUUUGGUUGGCGCUGGUUCUUCUUGGGUGAUGAGUGGGCCUGGAACUAUUUUGACGUGUUCUGCCUAGCGCUGUCUUGGGUAGAGGAAGUGAUCACGUGGAUAUUGACAGCAGUUAACAACGGCCAGUCAGUGGAUCUGAACACUAUGGUGUUCAUCCGCAUGCUACGGCUGACCCGCUUGGUCCGGCUGGUGCGGACACUGCGUUUCGAGAUUUUCUACGAGUUGAAGAUGAUGGUCCUAGGAGUGGUGAGUGGCAUGAGGGUCUUGAUUUGGGCAAUGGUUUUGCUGCUGGUCAUUAUAUAUACAACUGGGGUGGCUGCAAAAAAUGUUUUUGGUCAAGAAGAGCCAGAAUUUGAGACAGUGCCUGCCGCGAUGUUCACCCUUUUCCGUUGCUUCACAGAUGGCUGCGAGUCCUAUGACGGCAAGCCCCUUAUGGAGCGCAUGCGGCCAAAGUACGGCGUUUUACUGGUUGUAAGCUACGUGUGUAUGUUCAUGCUGGUAUGUUUGGGGGUGUUCAAUUUGAUCAUGGCGAUAUUCUUGGAGAAUGUUGUAGCAAACCAGCUCCAACGAAAGCUCAUGGGCAUCGACAACACCGCCAACAAGAUGGAGGUCGACAUCAAGGACUCGCUUUUGCGGCUGGUACUAAGAAGCAAAACCAAUGGCGUCCCAGAGGAAGUGGAGGAGGACUUGAGGGCCAUCAGCCAGACGUUCCAUCGUUGGGAUGCGCGGGUGCGCGCCAUGUUCGAGACCCUCUCCAGCUCGCAGGUGGUCAUCACCAAGCCAGCCUUCCUUUCAUGGCUUCAAGACAAAGAGUUUAUCUCCGUCCUCAAAGAGGCAGACAUCGAGACAGCCAAUCAAGCUGGCAUUUUCGAAUGCUUGGAUGCCGACAUGAGUGGGUGGCUUACCAUGGAUGAGAUCUACAACGGUCUGAUGAGGCUCCGUGGCCCUGUGGCAAAGUCCGAGAUUGUGGGCUUCUGCCGCAUAGAUGCAAACAGCGGAGAGGUCAUGACAGGCGAUUUGGCCCGAGCAGAGCAAAACUCCAAAAGUGGAGAUGAUCCCAAAGUGGAGAUUUUGCCAAAGGCCGAGGAGAAGAAUGCCACCGUUUGGAGCUCCUUGGGACACGCCUACAGGCGCCAAGGAGCUCUGGAAGAAGCGGAGGCGGCCUUCCGCCAAGCCUUGCGGCUAGAGCCGAAGGCUGACGAGGAGAAUAUCUUGGGCAAGAUCCUGUUCCAGCAGAAUCGCCACCGAGAGGCAGAAAGCAGCUUUCGCGCAUCACUUGCCUUGGAUCCUUCCAAUGCAGAGGUGCAUGGAAAUCUGGCCGUUGUCCUGUCUGAGAUGGGCCAAAGCGACCUGGCAGUGGUGGCAUGCAGAAGGGCACAAGAAAUCAAACCACAAGUCCAGACCCAAAACUUCUUGGGGGAGUUGCUGAUGGGCAGCGGCAAAAUCGAAGAAGCAGAGACAGCGUUCAGGAAGUCCUGGGAAAUGAACCAGGAGCAGCCUGAGACCAACCAGCGCUUGGGCAGCCUGUUGAUGCUUCGGUCAGCUUAUGCCGAGGCCGUGCCCUUCCUCAUGAAAGCCAUCAGAUCUGAAGGUGAGUCCUCACCUUGGUCACUGUUGGGCUAUGCCUUCGAGUUGGACGAUCGAGAUGCUGCGGCUGAACAGCUCUUCCAAGUCAUGCUGAGGAACACCUCGCACAAAGCUCUGGCCCUUUGGCGCCUUGGCCGCCUGGCACGUGGCCGUGGCAAUGCAACACUGGCUGAGGAGUACUUUCGGGAAGCUGUCAAACAUAAGUCCGAGGAGGUCUUGAGGCAUCGUCGGGACUUAGGCAGCGCAAUCUUCUUGCAAGGCCGUGUUGAGGAGGCUGAACAAGAGUGGAGACAGAUCUUGGAGCAGCUGAAAUGGGAUGGCUUGUCUCUGGUCCACUUUAAUACCAAUUUCGGCUUUGAGGAGGCCACUUAUCAGGACGCAAAAGAGGCUGAGGCCCAAGCUUUCAUCAAGCAAGUGAAGGAUCCUCAGCUAGUCAAGAUGCUAGAUGCUGUGCGGCAGCAAGAGAACGACAGCGAUUGGCUGUUGAGCUGGGUCAGAGAAACGACGGAGCGUUUCCGGAGUGGCCGUUUGAUCAGUUAUGGAGUGACCUACUUUCCUGCAUGGCAAGAGGUCUGUCAGCAGCCGGAGGUUCAGGCAGUCCUAGCCAAGAAAGAGCCCGUGGCCUUAAUUGUCGGCAGCGCCUUGGGAUACCAGUGUGCCUUUGCACUUGGUCUGGGGUUUGCUCGCUGUGUCGGCUACGACCUGCUCUGCAACAGCAUGGUGAUGCCCGCGCAGCGCAUUGCCAAGGAUGUUGGCCUUGCUGAUCGGAUCCACUUUCAUUGCGGGGAUGCAUUGGCCGCCAAAGAGAUCGGUGAUGUGGCUCUCGUUUGGAUGAAUGAUGAUAGCUUCCCGCGAAGUUCGCUGCGCUCUCUCCGAGCUGCACUGGCCGAUCGGUUGCCGCCAUCCUCUGUGGUCGUCUCCUACCGGGCGCCUGAACUGCAGGAGCCACACUGGCAGUGGGCUGCAACAGUGAAGGCCCGAGUAUCGUGGAACCACGAUCAAUUCUUGCACAUCCUCACGAAGAAAGGGCUUCUGGCAGCUGACAAAGAGUAG